AUGUGUCUGGCUCCUCCUCCCCCAACCUCAGCUCUAUAAGACAACUACAGUCCACUCCGGCUAGCACAGAAGCGCCUAGAUCCCAGCAGACUGGUUCCUUAUUUCUUCUCUAGAUCUGUGCGACUAUGUCCUCAGGAGUGACUGCAGACUUUGAGCUGGAGCUGCACGAUUUGCUUCAAGAGUUCCAGGAUGUGGUGAAGGAGCUGCAGGCCGCCCCCCAAAGCAGCCGCCAGGCAUACCAGCACGUGCUGCAGGAAGCCAAGAGUCGGACUGCUCUGGGAGAUGACAGCGGUGUCGAAGACUCUGAUUACAGCAGUGAAGCAUCUUUGGGGAACAGUUUGAACACCAGCGAGGAGGAGCUGCACACAGCAGGCUUAACGCUGCCUCCAAAAGCCAAGCUGGGAGACACAAGGGAGCUGGAAAGCUUUAUUGAUGUGUUGGACCGGGAACUUGCUGAGAUGUGAAGAGCCCUGUUAAAAGGAGGAGAAAAGAGGCUGGAGGGGCACAGCUCGGCUGACUGCCGCCGAGCAGAAGGACGGAUCUACACCAAAGCACCUUCGAGGGAGCGAGCCCUCCUCUUAGUGCUUUAAGGGAAAAGGUUAAGGUCAGAAUUAAAAAGGGGGUUUCACUUGAGGGGGGGAGAGGGCACACAACCCCCAACGACGUUGCGUCCUUGUCCACGCGACGAGGACCCUGCAGCAUAGUCUUCAAGAUGUGUGACAUAUUCCCAAAUCUAGAUAAACCUCCAUCUGUCUGACAGAAGAAAGCUGCCUCCAGUCCUCUGAAUAAGUCUACGCCUCAUUUGAAAUUCCCAACAGAACUAAACCAGGAAAUCGCCCCAAUUCCUUUGGCAUGGCCUUGCGGAGCAAAACUAUGGAGCACUUUACUUUAACUUGGAGUCCCUGCUGUGUAAUUAUCACAACUUAAUUUGUAUUCUAUUUCCACUGUACAGUUCUUGUUAUUGCUUUUUUAAAAAAUAUAUAAAUAAAAUGUCAUGAAGGUGAAUUCAUGUAGUGUAUAAAUAAAGCUCCAUUUGGUAGGACUCCUUUCCUU